CUUGUAUAUUUCCCCACUGGAAACCAACUCUUAUCAACUUCACAGCUUCAAAAAUAUUCUUCAUUUACAGCAUUAUCACCGUAUCGUAUUAUCAUACCGUUAUCACGUUUCAGUUCUUUACAAGUACGUACAAUUACGCUCUGAUUCACAAACAUAUAAAUUAGGGUUGAAGAGAUGCAAGGCUUAUGGGUGUCACUGAAGGAGAAAGCUAACUGUGGAAAUAAGGUGAGUGAUAUGGUGAGGAGAAGUUCCAAAUCUGAAAAGGAAAGAUCGAACAAACAACUAUUUCGACAAAUAAGAAAAUCAUUUGGUGACGUGAUUCACAAGGAAUACUUCUCAAGAUAUUCUGAGCUAAAAUUUGGAGACCCUUCAAGAAAUAUCAUAGAGAUGAUUUUCCAAAAAGCAUCAACAAAUCCAUCAAAACCAUCAAGCAAGAUUGAAAGGGUUUUAAGGGUGAGGAACUCGGUUGAAAUUCUUGAAAGGUUUGAGAAAUACAGAGAAAAUGUCAAACAAAUUGCGUAUCACCAACAACAUCAAACACAUCCAAGAAGCAUUGUAGAUGGAAAUGAGAUUCUGCGAUUUUACGGAACAACGAUGUGUUGCUCCGGAGAACGAUCAAUGCGAGUUUCCGAGAUUUGUAGAGAUCCGACUUGCCGAGUAUGCAGAACGAUUCAAUGCAACUUUGACACGGAGUUCAACAAGAAAGACGGAAUUCGAUUUAGUACAAACAGCGAGGCAUUUACCGAUAACUUGAUCGGGUUGUCGAGGAGGAAAACGAAAAGAGCCGUCGUGGUUUGCAGGAUAAUUGCUGGUGCAGUUGCUAAUAAGGUUGAGUUGGGCUGUGGUGAAAAUGAAAAUCAAUAUCUUAUUUCAGAAUCUUUGAUUGUAACUGAUCCUAGGGCUGUACUUCCGUGUUUUGUCAUAGUUUUUACCUGAGGUUUUGGAACAUGAUAUUUUUUUUGAUAUGAGGUUUUCUGAACUGAGUAUCAAUUAUGAGAUGACACUUUUACGUUUUCCA